CCGGGUGACAAUCACCUUGAGGGUCGGCUAUGCAAUGGACAUAAGUACGAAGAAGACAUUGAUGCCCGUUUUCAGUUGGUGUUUGGUUACAUGACGCGCGGACGCUGGAGUAUUUUCAUGGAUUAGCUGAUUUCUCUCGGAUUUAUUUGUGUCACGGAUAAAGUUGUUGUGUAGGAGUGGAAGUUACAAACAAUGUUCCCGGGUGUCAGGAUAUGGAUUAAUGUUAUUUCAGGGAUAUAUGCUCUGCUCCUCAUCAUGGAUAUAAGACUAGUCACGUGUGCCUACAGAAACAUCAGCCGAACCAAGCCAGACAAAGACUCAGUGAUUCAAAACAUCUCCAAGAUUUUAGACACGUUAUUAGACGGUUAUGAUCAGAUGCUCAGACCUGGAUUCGGAGGUGCUCCAACUGUGAUAAAGACGGACAUCAAUAUACGAAGUAUGGGUCCAAUAGACGAGGUAGAUGUGGCUUACUCGAUGGAUUGUUACUUUCGUCAAUAUUGGACGGACAAGAGGCUGCGAUUCAAAGGCCCUAAAAGGUCUCUUCCUGUUCAUAUCAGCAUCCUGAAGAGGAUUUGGAAACCUGACACAUUCUUCCAAAAUGGCCGCGGCUCUUACCUUCAUAUGAUAACAACACCUAAUAAGUUGUUACGGAUCAAUGAAGAUGGCCAAAUUUUAUACUCAAUGAGACUGACAAUCAAAGCCAGCUGUCCUAUGUAUUUGGAGUAUUUUCCAAUAGAUAACCAGGUCUGUCCGCUUAUAUUUGGUAGCUAUGCAUAUAAUAGAAAUGAUGUUGUGUAUGAAUGGAGACAUUCCAAUCGGAGUUCCGUCGAAAUUUCAAGGGACAUGCGUUUGUCACAGUUUGAUCUCACAGACUAUCCUCAGCAGAACUUCACCAUAGUCACAGAAAAAGGUGAAUACUCGAUAAUGCGAGUGCAGUUCAAGCUGACCAGACACAUGGGCUACUUCCUCAUCCAAGUGUACGUGCCUUGUAUCCUCAUCGUGGUGCUGUCAUGGGUGUCUUUCUGGCUGAACAGGGAGGCGACCGCUGACAGGAUCGGACUGGGGAUCACCACUGUGCUCACCCUGACCACGCUUCAGAUGGACAGCAGACAAAAUCUACCCAAAGUAGCUUACGCCACAGCGCUUGAUUGGUUCGUGGUCAUGUGUUUCGUCUUCAUUAUUGCAUCCAUGUUUGAGUUUGCCGGUGUCCACUACUUUACUAAGGUUGGCUAUGGUGAGAUGCCCCAUUGUGUGUCAGACUCGGAGGACAGCGAGGAAGAAGAGGAGGCCGAGGUUCUCUGUAAUCAGAACUCCAUGCACUACUACCACGGUCACAAUCACACUUCCAACAACUACUCGGAACAAAAGAAGUUCAAAAACAAUACAAACGCUGAAACUGAACAAAUACAUUUCAGACAAAAACGCUCAGUGUGGUACGACUUAUUUCACUGCCUUCAAGGCAAUCAGAAAUAUCGGAAUUUGAUAAUCAAAUCGCGGCGACGGCAAGGUGUCGUGAACAGUGUGAGCUUGAUAGACCGGGUUUCUCGGGUUCUCUUCCCGCUGGCAUUCGGUGCCUUGAAUGUGGCUUACUGGGUUGCCUACACCAAGUCGGACCCGCGCAUCGAAGGUGGAGCGACUGAUCUUCACUUUAUGCAAUGACGAAGUGCCGACGUUUCUUACCCUUGGGACAAUGGGAUGAUCAUCAUGUGUGCAGGCCUCGUGGCGGCUGUUGGACUCGUGUUUUGGCUGAUUCUUCUGGUGGACACCGGGAAACGCCGAUGAGAUAACCGAAUAGAGCAAUAUCAGAACGCCACCAAACACAAAGUACGGAACUGAAAUAUUGAGAGAGUAAACCCAGUAGGCCUAUAAACUCUGUCAUUCUUUGUACUAACCGAACACAACCACUGGUUUGCAUGGUGUCCGCGCUACUCAUCUCGUAUAUUUGAAUGAUUCUUCUGCAAAGACAGCAGGAAACGCCACUGCGAUGAUUCGAGUCUUAGGAGUAGUGGUGCCAGAACGAUACACAGCGAACAUUACAAAGAUCAGGGCAAAUCGGGAGGUAAUCUAUAGGAUUUCUUGUCAAUGCCAAGUGGAAUCUGCUCCACUGCUUGGAAUGUUGGAUGGUCGCGGGAACAGCCAUGUUCAUUGCCUCCUCAGAAGACAACAUAUAUGUGUAGCACGCUAUCAACAUUUUUGCAUCUUUCAUUGGUAGGCCUGUGGCAAGCUAAAAGAGGUAGAGCCUCUGUGCCGAGGAUGUCAGAGCCACCAGAGCAACAGCCACUAAUAACGCCAUCUCACACGGAUGAACUGCACGGGAUACCGGUACAAGGUUGCCAAUGCAAUUACCACCUCCUUUUACUCAAAAGGCAAAUGCAUUUCUGGUGGUUUCCCUCACUUGAUAUAAAGGUGGCUUGCAGGAGGAUAUUCUCAUAAUGUUCAGAGCAGUUCAGUCAUAAAGGCACAAUGCAGACGUUAGAAAGUUGACGCUACUUAACACAGCGGAUGUGAGCAGGUUUUUCAAAUGUGUUUAUUGAUUGACAGCAGCCUGGCAUGCUGUAGGCAGACUAAGCUCAUGAUAAUGUAAAAUAUCAUGACGUUGUUGCUUCUUUGGUGAAGGAUGUUGGACGGUCAUUGCGCGUAGUAUGUCCUUAGAAAUUGAAAGAAGGAUCAAAUGUUCCCCGGUCACAGGAAGAGACCUUGAUGCCAUAGGACUCGAAAUGGCCACUGAUUGUUGGCCACACAAUUGGUGAGACCAGCUGGUUUCAAGGAUAGUGGCAUUUAGUUAUUGCCAGUGCGUGUCUUGCCUCCAUUUCGGAUAGAGAGAACUCGGCCAAAGUAUGCGCCUAGCGAACUCUCCUUUUCUAAUAAUGGUGUUUUAACUCGGGGAUAUAACAGUCUUGCCAACUUCCAACUAAUAAAUGCAAUUUUGUGCAUUUAAUUGUGUGUAAACCUAUUGUAGACAGUGAUGGUUAUGAUGUACAUGGGAUGUAUAUACUGUAGAAUACUUGUGUGCAGACUGACUUUCAUUAGGUCUUUUUGAACAUUGCAUCGCUAUGAUAUUACGACAGCAUAAUCAUUCCAGCUAGACAAGUUUGGAAUGUGUUCUUCCAUACAGUGUUAAUGGACAACAGCUGAAUCAUUUAGAUGCAUUACUUUGUUAGUGUUUGACUCGAAGACUAUUCAGUUGUUAUAGGCUGCGUCUGUGCAGUAACAGUACUGCAAUCUAGAGCAGGAAGACUCGAAUCUAUUCAGUUGUUAUAGGCUGCGUCUGUGCAGUGACCAGUACUGCAAUCUAGAGCAGGAAGACUCGACGACUAUUCAGUUGUUAUAGGCUGCGUCUGUGCAGUAACAGUACUGCAAUCUAGAGCAGGAAGACUCGAAUCUAUUCAGUUGUUAUAGGCUGCGUCUGUGCAGUAACAGUACUGCAAUCUAGAGCAGGAAGACUCGAAGACUAUUCAGUUGUUAUAGGCUGCGUCUGUGCAGUAACAGUACUGCAAUCUAGAGCAGGAAGACUCGAAUCUAUUCAGUUGUUAUAGGCUGCGUCUGUGCAGUAACAGUACUGCAAUCUAGAGCAGGAAGACUCGAAGACUAUUCAGUUGUUAUAGGCUGCGUCUCAUUUUCUCGACAAAUCUGCCUUUAAUUAUAUCACCGAUACGAAAGGUCCGUUAUUCGUGCUGUGCAGGUCAUGGCCAACAAAAGGUUUACUAUCAGGGGCCAAGAGUCCAAUCGGUGGUCAACAGAUGACUGACAUGAAUGAUAAGCACAGGUUAAGUUCGAAUGGGCCUGCAUGGUUUGAUUGAAAGUUCCCAUUGACCUUGAUAGUAGACUUCCAUACAUAUCAACAACAUCAUAAAGUGAACACCUGGUUUCUGCCUUAAGUCUCUUUUGAAGUCAAUCUCUCUACAUGCAAGUACAAAAUGUAUAGUUUCAGUUUUUCAUCGAGAUUUUUACGAAUAAACCAUGUGUGAUUUUCGAAAAACGGCUGUUCUUUCU